ACACCGAAUGUCACGUAUAUUAGUUUUAGAGAAUUUAGAAAAUGUAGAGUUCAUAACCAUGUUUAAAAAUGAAACGGACAAACAAAGCGAAGAAAGCGCUCCAGAUGCGAACGAACUACAUCUCCCAGAAUGCUGUACUAUGCCGAUGGUUGCCAUGGUAACUUUGUUGCUGGCGUGACCCGAAAUGUCUGGAGGUCGGAACAUGUUUGGAUCUCCGGUGGACUUUUCAUUUAGGGAGCUCAACACAGUUUCAGACAUGCUCUCUGAUGAACCUAAUCCAGGCACGCGUCCGCUGAAGCGUGACUCAGAGCAGAAGAUCCUCAGCGCAACGCUCAGACUCAACAACAACUUCCUCUCUGACUUGACGGGACUGAUGGACAUGCUCUCUGCUCUUUACGCUGAGCCCACGCGCCUGGCCUGGCUCGACCUCUCCUUCAACGAGUUUCAACACAUCCACCCAGUACGCACUUUACCAGCUCAAGAUAUGCUUUUUUUGUAUGUGUGUGGAAAGUGUUUUUGUGUUUUGUGGGAAGUGGAUAAACUUGCUGCGUUGCCAUUUCUCCACACCAUCACUCUGCACGGCAACCCCAUAGUGACCGAGCGCGAGUACAGGGCGCAUUUGAUCGGCACCCUUCCUCAUGUGAAGAUGAUUGAUUUCAGCGCUGUGACCAAACAGGAACGGGAGCUGACUUCAGUUUGGCAGAGGAGCAGAAACCCACUCAAAACCAUGAUUCACAGCAAAGUGGACUGAACCUUCUCCAUCCGACAUCCGGAUGUGUCUAAUAAACAUGAAUGUGGAGAUACAGCUAGGGUCUGAUCUACCACAGAGAGGCUGACUUUAAAUCUAGCCUCUUUCAAAACUGUAAAAUAGUAGAGCUGGAGUAGCUUUAGUCAGUCAGAGUGUUUCUUCAUUAGUUGUUGAUGAAGCCACAUGAAGAAGUGCUGAAACAUCUUAAGCAACAAAAAAACGUCCAUUUGACUAGAAAACCUUUAAAGCCAUGGCACAAAGUUUCUUUGAGAAUUGCAAUAAGCAAUUCAAGAAUAGAUGAACAAUGUCUUCUCAUUGCACUCACCACCAAUGUAUAUCUGCUACACAU